AUGUCACGGACGAUGCAGUGGGCCGCGAGGCCGGAGCACUUGGGAGGCAUACCCAGAAAAUUGGUGAUUGCGGUGGUGGGAACCUUCGCCAAAACGGUGGCGUCUCUUGUCAAUACCACCUCCGUUCACAACGCCGACACCCUCCUCCGCCUCGUACGCUCCAGACCCCCCGGCGUGCCCCUCAUUACUGUUAGCAAUCACAUGUCCACUUUGGAUGAUCCGGUAAUGUGGGGAUUCAAGGGUUUUCCCAUCUUUGACACUAAGUUAGCUCGAUGGGUACUCACUGCGGAAGAUAUAUGCUUUAAGAAUUCGGUGCAUUCCUACAUUUUUCGGGUUGGGAAAUGCAUACCUAUUAUGAGAGGUGGUGGAAUUUAUCAAGAGCACAUGAAUGAAGCUCUUGAGCGCUUAAAUGAUGGAGAAUGGGUGCAUACUUUUCCAGAAGGAAAAGUGUAUCAAGAUGAUGCACCUAUAAGGCGAUUGAAAUGGGGAACUGCUAGCCUAAUUGUUCGUGCACCUAUAACUCCAAUUGUAUUGCCAAUUGUCCAUCAUGGUUUUCACAAGGUGAUGCCAGAGAAGAAAUCUAUAUUUGGUAAACGGCCUCCUUUACCAUUAUGUAAUAAGAAAAUUGACAUAAUUAUUGGUGAUCCAAUUGAAUUUGACCUUCCAGCAAUGAAGCAAAUGGCUAUUUCCGAGUCUCGUAAUAGGCCAUUCCCUACUAUAGGAUGGCCCAGCACUUCUGAUGGUUUGGAUGAAGCAGCACAGAGAUGUCUCUACACUACAAUUUCAGAGGAAAUCCGUGCUGCCAUGGAGAGAUUAAGGUGUUUUGGAAAAAAAAUUCUGAAGUCAUAAGUUCAAACCUACCUAAGCUUAUUUAGAUCUCUUGAGUUUAUUAUUGUAUCAUUCUUUGUUAUUAUAGUUGAUCGUUUAGUGAGAGCUUUUAAUAAGGGGUUCUUAAAGUCAAGUGACAUUAGAAUAUAUACUCAGGUUUGAAGGAGGAAAUAAGCUACCCUCCAUAUACAGCCCAAAAUUAGAUGGGCUAAUAUUUGAAUAACUUAUUUUAUUUUAUUUUUAAAAAAAGAAAAGAUUGGCUUAAUCUACAGUUAAGAUAGGAUUUAAGUCCUAGUUAUUAAUUUUGGUCGAUUUAUAAUAGCAUGCAUGGAUUUUGAUCCUUUGCAUUUUUGUAGUGUGUCAUGUCACGUGGGAGAGAGAUAAAUAAACAGCUAGGACUUCCAUUUCAGGUGGGGUCACAAUACAAG